CUGGGCUGACAGCAAGAUGCAUUUUCAGUGCACGCCGCAAGAUUUUGCGCCGGGCUGCUGGUGGGAUGCUGCUAGCGUAGACGGGGGUAGCCGUGAGAAGGCUGCUUACCGCAGGGAGCGGGAACGGUGGCGAAGGGGCGAGGUUCUUCGUCAAAGGCAGCCUGGCUGGAGGUGCCAUGUAUGUGGCAUAUGAUCAGGGGCUUCUGGGAAAUGGCAGUCAAGGAGCAGAGGCCCUCAAAAAGGCUCGAGCAGCACUGCCUCCAGCUAUACAGGAAUGGACAGAUUACACAGGCUGGGAGCUUCCAUCCGCUCCAAAAUUUGACUUUUCUGUCUCUGAAUCCUGGAACACAGGAGUUCAGGCCACUGUGUCUGCUCUAUCUGUGGCUCCCACCAAGGUCCGUGAAUACACCCAUGAUGGCUGGAAGUACAUGAAGGACCUCAUCAAAUGAACACACACUCUCUCUCUCCAGCCUUUGCUUUUUCCUCAAUGCUACAGUCUCAGGGAUGAGAUGUAGUACGUACCACUAGAGGGCAGCGCAGCCAUGCAAAGGCUCCAAUAAAAGACUCUGGAAUUUC